AUCAGACUUUCUACGGACACUUUGUAGCAGGAGAGGAUCAAGAGAAGAUUAAACCGCUCAUCUCCAGGAUGCAAUCCUUCGGAGUGAAAUCCAUCCUGGACUACAGUGUUGAGGAGGACCUGGCUAAUGAGAAGGAGGAACAAGUUACUCCUAGGAAAAAGGCUACAGAGAUAGUUGAUGGGUCCAAGCAAUUAGCUCAAUAUACUCCUGUAGAUGAAUCAGAACAUAAAGAAGUUGACCGCAAACAUAAACUAAACUCAGCCAGAGUGUAUUUCUACCAGGGUGAGGCUAACUGUGACCGGAAUAUGGCAACCUUUAUAGAUUGUAUAGAUGCAGUUAAAGGAUCAACUGGUGGAACAGGAUUCUCUGCUAUUAAGCUGACAGCUCUAGGGAGACCAGAGAUCCUGAUUCGUCUUUCUGAGUGUAUUGAGAGAACCAGGAGAUAUUAUACUCAGGUUAAUGUUCCCAACCUUGAGACUGGUAUCAUGGAACCUUUAAUCACAGGAGACGAUGACGGAGCUCUAACCAAGAAUGAAGAGAAACAGUUCAGGAAUAUGGUGAACAGACUACACACAAUAUUCCAGUACGCCAGUAAACAAAAUGUACGAGUGAUGAUAGAUGCAGAGCAGAGUUAUUUCCAACCAGCAAUCCAUAGGCUUGCUAUAGAGAUGAUGAGAACGUAUAAUACAGAGAAAGCAAUUGUAUUCAAUACAUACCAAUGUUAUCUCAAGAAAGCUCACAAAACAAUAAUACUGGAUUUGGAACAGGCAAAAAGGCAGAACUUUUAUUUUGGAGCUAAACUAGUUCGUGGAGCGUAUAUGGAGCAGGAGAGAGCUAGAGCUGAACUACUAGGAUACAAGGAUCCAAUCAAUCCAACCUAUGAGGCAACCUCUGAGAUGUACCAUAAAGUCCUAGAUGAAUGCUUGACCCGGAUCCAUGCUCUUAAACUGUCUGGAGAGGAUCCUCAGAAGAUUGGUAUAAUGGUUGCCAGUCAUAACGAGGAAACUGUUAAAUACGGAGUUCGCAGGAUGGCGGAGUUGAACCUGGAUCCUCAAGAACGUGUUCUUUGUUUUGCUCAGCUCCUUGGGAUGUGUGAUCAGAUAUCAUUUCCUCUAGGUCAGGCCGGAUACAGUGUAUAUAAGUAUGUUCCUUAUGGUCCAGUCAAUGAAGUUCUCCCUUACCUCUCUAGACGGUUAGCAUGCUGCACUACAGUGCUGUAGUUAAAAAAACGGAAUGCUUUUUUUCAAAUUUACAAAUUAAUGAGAAAGG